AGUGUCACUACUGUCAAAAUUGUCAAGCACACCAAUAGGAAAUGUCAAAAUCAAAUUCAUAAAAAGUCCCCUCUUCGAUCGAAAGAUUUGCGGACUUUCGAUAAAAAAUGGUUCAAGGAGAAGGAGGACCUCCAGAUGAUAAUCUAUUUAGAGCAUUCGCGAGUGCAGUUUAUAAUACAAUCGAUGCGCCUGUAACGUGGUUCCGAGAGAAGGUAGUUGAGCCGAACCAGAAGAAAUACCCGUGGUACCACCAGAAGUUUCGCCGAGUGCCCACUAUCGACCAGUGCUAUUCCGACGAUGUGAUUUGCGACUACGAAGCGAACGCGCAGUUCAAACGUGAUAGAGCUGUAGAUUCAGAGAUUCUGGGCAUUCUCCGCAUGAGAUAUGAAGAUUGUAUGAUGUUUGAAAGACCUGACCAUUUAACCGUCUGCAAACCAUUCUGGGAACGUUACAAGGAUGCUGAGGAGGCAUGGUUUAUUAAAUAUGGAGAUCUUGGCGCAUAUGCAGAUGCGAGAAAAGCGUACAUGAAACAAAAACAUCGCAUGAUAUGGGAAAGACGUCACGGCCCUCUGUCUGAACACACAAAGUGAUGUGCAUGCACUGUAGUGUGGCGAUGUGUUAAUAUAUAAAUAGAUUAUGUAUAAAUGUCACUUCAAUAAAGAAAUUCUAGUGUA